AUGGAGGGCAUUUUACUAGGCGGUCAGAGUCUAUCUGACCGGGCUCAAACUUUGCAUGGCAGCAUGACUGCCAGAGGGGUGGGUGCCCUUUUUACACAGCUUGAAUUAAAGGAUUUAAUAAAUACAUCGUCUCUUACUGAUCUUAUGUCCAUAGUUCAGGAACUUUUAGACAAAAAUCUGCUAAAGUUGGUCAAGCAAAAUAAUGAGCUUAAGUUUCAGGCGGUUGAUAUUGCAGAAGCUAAAAAAAAAGCUGCUAUGACAGCUGACGAAGCUCUAGUCUAUUCCUAUAUCGAAGCAAGUGGACGGGAAGGUAUAUGGACCAAAACCAUCAAGGCGAGAACAAACCUGCACACACAUGUAGUACUGAAAUGUCUGAAGUCUCUCGAAUCUCAGCGCUACGUGAAAAGCGUCAAAAGCGUCAAGUUCCCAACGCGUAAGAUCUAUAUGUUGUACAAUUUACAACCCUCUAUUGAGGUUACAGGUGGUCCGUGGUUUACUGAUAGUGAACUUGACGUAGAGUUCAUCAACAGCUUGCUAACGAUCGUGUGGCGGUUCGUUGCCGAAAAAACAUAUCCUAACGGAUUCAAUAACUUCACAGGCGCCAAGGAAGUUCUUUAUGCAUCACACGUCAAUAACUUCGCAUCCACUAACGAUAUUUUGAAUUUCAUAAUCAGCGCCAAGGUUGCUAAUGUCGAACUUUCAACUGCAGACAUACGAUCUCUGUGUCAAGUCCUAGUAUAUGACGACAAGCUCGAGAAAGUUUCUUUUGACUGUUACCGCAUCUCCUUAUUGAGCAUCUUGGAAAUGACGCAACCCGAAAAACAGUCCACCGAAGUCGCUGAUAGUUCUUUCUCCAUAUUCAGGUGCCGUAAUGCCAUAGCUCCCUCAUCGAACGACGAAGAAGCUAUUUACAUUGACGAAUGGACGCUAUGA